GGCGGCGGCGGCGGGGCGGCGGGCGGCAAUGCCGUGGCUGGCGCCGGUGGCGCGACGACGACCACGACCGCGCCCCUCCGGCCGAGCAGCGCGCGGUGGACGCCGACGCCGGAGCAGGUCAAGAUCCUCAAGGACCUCUACUACGACUGCGGCAUCCGCUCGCCCACGGCCGAGCAGAUCCAGCGGAUCGCCGCGCGGCUCCGGCAGUACGGCCGGAUCGAGGGCAAGAACGUCUUCUACUGGUUCCAGAACCACAAGGCCCGCGAGCGCCAGAAGAAGCGCCUCGGCGUCGACGUCAACGCCUCCCCCCUCGCCGCCGCCGCCGCCGCCAACGACGCCCUCGCCCUCUCCCCCUCCGGUGCGGCGGCUGCCUCGUCGGCCGGCCUGUACGGCGCCGGCAACUGCGGCGGCCACGAACUGACCAAUCAGUCCAAUCCGGACACACACAUGCACUGCCACAUUGCGAAUCGAUCGAUAUUUUCUAGCCGCCGGUCUCCACGAAGAUCGAUCGAAUUUCAAUUUCCACAUGCAUGCAUGCAUGCUAAUCAGCUAAUGUACAACUCUUCUGGCCCGUUCGACGCACGGCAGGAUUACAUGGGCGCGAGGAGCACGGCGGGAGCAGGCAACCACGGCGCGGCCGCCACAGCACAUGCGCCGUGGCCGGCGUGCUUCCCUUUCUCCACCAACCAGACGCCGCAAAUGCCACCACCGGCUCCGCGGGAGCUCCCGCUCUUCCCGACCGGCGGAGGCCGGCAAGAAACCGCCGACGACUUCCACGGCGGCGGCUACCAUCUCCAGUCCAACAACUCGCAGUGGUGGGGAGCUGCCACGAACACCAACGCCAUGAAGACACUCCAUUACCAGCAUCAUCAGCAGCAGCAGUUGCAAGAACAGCAGCAGCAUAGCUUUUACAACAGCAGCGGCAACCACCAGCUGAUGAUGAUGCCGAUGCCCAGCCAGGACGCUGGCACCUCCCUGGAGCUCACUCUCCGAGCCCCUUACAUGUGAGAGUGGAGUCUAUUGCUCGUGUCAUUGUCCUACGCUAUGCAUGAUCCUACCAGCACUACUAGUACUAGCUACUUACAGUUAGCAGCAUAUGUGGAAAGCAUGUCCAUGUCUGGUACUUGUAGUAGUACUCCACUAUUAACUGGUAGUGUGGUCCGGCCCCUAAACCUCAAACUGGUAGUGUACUCUGCACUGCAUGCCAAAUGCAAUGGCCAGUGCAUGGUGCAGCAACCAGUGUGUGUAGGUGGUGAGUUUGCUAGAGUUUGGUUGCAGCCAAAGUCCAAGUGUGCAAUGGCGCAAGUGUGCUUGUCUCUCCCUCUGGUGCCCUUUCAGAUAGAGGAAAAAAGUUAUCCUCUUGUCUGCUUUCACAUGAGGAGGAGCUAGUCAGGUAGCCCGGUUGAUCAAUCACCUGUUGAGAUUUCUCAACUGUGUAUCUCUUCAGCUGGGGCAUACUUUUCUCUGUCCAUGUAUGCCCUGAUGCCCACCGCAUGCCAGUUUUAUAAUUUCAGCAUUUCAGGUAUGGGGAUGUGUGCCCCCGGACCACACCGGUUGAGCUGCUGGAGGAAUGUCGGUUCCAAGAAAAGAAUCAGUUUCCAGUCAA